CGACACACUCGUACACGCAUAGUAGAUUAAUAAUAGUCUACUGCCGUUUGGGGAGCAUGGGUAAUGUUUAGUCAUGCGAGGACCGACUGAAGAUUAACUAUUUGGAUACAGGAUAGUUAUUAUUAAGCUGUCAAUUACGAGAGGAGGAAUUAGUCAUUUUCCACGUUAUCUGUCAAUUUCAGCGAGAUCUAGCUCACUCGUGACGCAACUUGCAUUCAGUCUCAGACGGUAGCAGUUAUAAACAGUGUUUUUGGAAUCGUGCUCGUCGACGUACAUGUGUACAUGUAGUUGCGACAUAUGGAAAGUAAACAAGACUUUCAACGGUAAUUUACGGUGAAAGAAGAUUGAACUGCAUAAAUUGAUUCAUUAACUUUACUUGAUUAUUUUGCUGAUCUUCCAAGGAAAUAUAAGUUCAACAUGCAUCAGUAUACUGAAGUGGAGAAGCUUCGCGCUGGCUAUUUCGGCAUUGAAUAUAAAUACAGAGAGAGGGGUAUCAACGGAAAGGAUAGACUUGGCAAACUUGUCCCGGUGAGCAAGAGAGGAAAAGCUAAGUGGGUCUUGGAGCAGUACUAUCGGAAGAUGGUUUUACGACUCCCAAAACACGACAACUUAGUCAAGAUCAAGGCAGCUUUCUUGAACAAAGUCACCGAAGACGGCGAAUUAGACGAGGAGGAUAUGUUUUUAUGCACAGUUUGGAAGUUAUACGGUGAGAAGAGUCUAAACCUGAAUGCCUAUCUUCUCUCUCGUCAUGGCAGACUUGAUGAUGAUGCCUAUAAAUCACUGAUGAUGCAGUUGGCUCAAGCAAUGGAACAUCUUCAUUCUAAUGGUACCGCCCAUAAUGCGUUGACACCUUACAGCGUUAUGAUUGUCGAGGGAGUCAAAGGACAAGCCGUGGUCAAAGUAGGAGAUUAUGGACUGACCCAGGUAUGUGGUGCAGCUUGCAGUCAGGACUACAAACCAGAUGGACAACUGCCUAAGAGUUUGGACUUUUACCUGCCACCAGAAGCCGCCAAAGAGGGUUGGGGACAUCCUGGUCAAGCCAACACCACGGCGGAUAUUUUCAUGCUUGGACUCCUGUUCAGCGCGAUGACCGAGCAUACAGUUCUUGAAGGAGCUGAUCAAAAUGAAGAGACCAUUAUUGCUACUUUUGUCAAGUUCCCAGGGUACGGUGCUGUGCCGAUCGGAAAGUUUCUGAACACCAACCCCAGCAUCAAUCUCGAUCAUCAUCUUCAUAGCAAACUCAGUCCGGAGCUCCGCAGUCUGGUCCGACGGAUGACUCUCAUUGACGCCGACUCUCGACCUCCUGCCAACGGUGUUAUCCAUAUGCUGACUGCUUGCGAAGCCAUUCGAGGAAACGAGAAGACAGGGGAAAAUAUUGAGUCGCAAGCAACGACCAGGUCGUCAUCGACGUUGCCAAGGAAUACAACGUUGACGAGAAAGACGAGUAUGAGAAAGAGAGCAGCCACCAAUCCAGCCAUGUUCAACCCUUGUGUAUCACCACCACAAAUGCCUAGGAUGAGCUCUGCAUCCGUCAUCAAGCCACCGGCACCAACCAAAACCAACUUCAUCAGGAGAGCAUCAAUGAGGGCCAACAACUACUUGAGGAGAAGUCGUUCAGUCAAGAUUUCAAAUUGAUAGGAUCAUUGGACGGCUUGGAGCUGCAGGUACAUAGACAAUACUUGCUUUGUGUGCGUGGGAUUCUCUAAGAUGUCUGGUAAAACUCUGAAAUCUGCCGAUAAUUUCCGAUGAAAUUUUGAGUUUUCGUGGCAAUUUAAGGAAAAGCUCUGACUCAUCAUGAGAGAAAAGGAUCUUUGGCUUACAACCAAGUCGCAUGUGUUUAAAGAAAUAAAUUCGCGAGUUUUGAGAUCAGAAUUUCUG